AGUUGUUUUCCAGCAGAACUGAUGCAGUUACACCAUUAGUGAGUGUGCGCCUCCACUUUGUCAGCUGUUCUUGACUUACAGAAGUGAAAGAUUGCAUUUAAAACUCACAAGUCUUUGAAUGCAACUAUCUGGAUAAGGGAACUUCCCGUAUUAAAGAGCGUUUGUUGAAGUGAACUGGUCUCGUGGAGUACAUUAACAAACUCCAGCGUCAGGAUGCACGCGAUUAACUUGGACACGUACAGCCUGUCUCUACUGACUGCUAAAGAAGACAUCCUGAACCCCCGAGCAUCCACUAACUGGGCAUUAUUUGCAUAUGAGGGAGUGACCAACAAUCUUAAACUCUUUGAUUCAGGAGCUGGAGGUUUGACAGAAUUGGUUGGGAAAUUUCACAACAGCAGGCCCAUGUAUGGACUCUGCAGGGUGGGACUGACAGAAACAGGACAACCACAGAUUGUCAUGGUCUGCUGGGUUGGUGAGAGUGUGGAUGAAUACCGCAGAACAGAAUGUGCCAGCCAUGUGCCUUCCAUUAAGACAUUCUUCAAGGAGGCCCAAAUAUUUAUUACAGCCUCACAACAAGAUGAGGUGACGGAGGAGAAGAUUACGGCUGCUCUCGCAAAGAUUCGACUACCGCUGGAGAGACUGAGGAGACCCUCAAAGGCAAAGGAGCAGGAGGAGACUGUGGGUACGAACUACAGGAAGACAAAUGCUGCCAUGGAGAUGAGACGGAUUAACAGAGACUCCUUCUGGGCACGUGCAGAGCGUGAGGAAGAGGAGAGAAAAGAGGAGGAACGUCGGAGGGCUGUAGAAGACAGACAGCGCUGGGAGAGAGAAAGAGUUCUCCAGGAAAAAAAAGAGGCUGAAGAAAGAGACCGAAAGAUGAAUGAAAAGCUACAGAUGAUUGAAGAGCAAAGGAGAAUUCAGGCUCAGCUUGAAGAAGAGACUAAAAAAGAGGAAAGAGCAAGAUGGGAGCAAGAGCAGAGAGAGCACGAGGAAGACAUGAAGGCACGACUUAGACGCAGUGAAUCCAUUGAGAAAGCAGCAGAGGCAGCAGCACUUGUUUCUCAGCGCACCAUCAAUGCCAGAGAGUUUUUCAGGCAGCUAUCUGCCUCCUCACAAAACUCCUCGAGCCCUGGAUCUCCACGCUCAGUCAAAUCUCCAUUUCGUCGCUAUCAGCGCAGUUUGACAGACACAGCCUUCAUCUUUGAGAGGGCCAGCUCCAUUUCUGGUCCCACUUCCCCUCUGAGUCCCUCUAUAAAGUCUCCCUUCUCUCGCACCCCAUCCACACCCUUCAAACGUCCUGCAUCCCCGCUCAGUCCAUCCUUCCGUACAAUCCCCUCACCACAGCACCCUCAAACAUCUGCAGCAUCUCCUCCCACAUCACCCGUCCAGCGCUUUGUCCCACCAGUGUCGCCUUUACCCAGUCUGCCUGUCUUUAGACCCCCUCCAUCCCCGUCAUCACCACCUAGCCGGCCAGCUCCUCAAGCCCCAGAUUCAGCUUCCCCUGCAUCUCCACAGCUGCUGGGGAAUCAAGAUAAGUCUGAGACAUUCAUCUAUGACAUUAGCAGAGCGGAACUUGCUACUGCACCAGAACUGCCUCCAGUUCCACUCUCUGAUGACACACUGGACGAUAAGGAGCUUGUAAUUGGCUCUCGAAUGCUGUGUGAACUACAGUCAGAAGUUCACCUCACUGCCAAGACUGUUCUGGUUGAAGAAGAUGAAGAAGAGGUGGAGGAACCAGAGGAACCUUCAGCCAUCUCAACUACAUCUUCAGUUACCAAGAUCACCACAGAUUAUGAAGGUGCAAUGAAAGCAGCAGAAAAACAAUUGGAGCCAGUGGAUGAGAACAGUGUCAUCAGCCCCCUGGAGGAAGUUGAGGAGCAAGAGAUGGAACCAGAGUUAGACUCUGUGGAGGAACCAGAAUCUGAGGAGCAGCCUGCUGUUAAAUCCAAGGAAUUCCAGUCAGCUGUAGAGCAGUCAGGACUUGAGCCAGCCAGACCUGUGGUUCCAACCUUAGAAGAGGUCUCAGAAGAUGAUGAGGAUGAUGAAGAUCUACUAGAGUACCAAGAGUUGUGUGGGAACACAUCAGAGCAUAAUCUGAUGACCAAAGAAGAUGAAUCAGAAUGUGGCAGACCAGUAAACGGUACAGGAGAGGAUGUUGAUGUAUCUGAGCAAAGCACACCUGAGAGGUACUGUUACACCGUUAAUCGUGAAGAUGAAGAUAAAAUCCAGACUGAGUUGGUGACUGAGAAUGGCGAGUCAUCACCAGACAGACUUCUUUGUGUAAGAGCUUUGUACGACUACCAAGCAGAGGAUGAAACAGAAAUCUCUUUUGAACCUGGUGACAUCAUCAGUGAUGUAGAAACAAUCGACAAAGCGUGGUGGAGGGGUUCCAGCAAAGAUGGACGCCAGGGUCUCUUCCCUGCCAAUUAUGUAGAGACCAUCUAAAAACAUUUCUACCCCCCCUUUUUGUCAAUUCUCAGGGACUUAGAACCCCAAAACCCAGUCAAUGAGGAUGUACCAAGUACUCUGAGACUUAAGUGUCACAUGAAAAGGGUUUUGGAGUAAAAUGUUCAUAAGCAGAACUUGGCCAACAAUUCAAUUCAACAAAACAAUUCAAAACAAGCAGCCAAAGUAAACUAUUAUGACUUAAGUGACCAUCAACUGCAAGACUGUGGAUAAUUCUCACACAGUGUGAGCUUAGAUACUGAUUCAGUACAAUUUCGGUUAGAAAUGUACACAAAUAUUAAUUUUUGCACAUUACACACAUGCAUUAUUUACACAUUUCAUCAUUUAUUAUUUCACCUUUGUUACUAAGGUGCUAAAUAAUACCAAAAAGGAGGUCAAAAUGUUUAUUGGGAGCACCGUUUGUGGCCUUGUACACAUAAUUCUAACAGUAACAAAUUAAAAGGCCCUGAGGAUAGUAACUUUGUUUCAGAACAGGUACUCUCAUAGUACCAGUGAUAUAUUUUCAAUUGAUUGACAGCCCUAAUUAUGAGACUUGUUGUAAUCUGUAUUGACAUAACAUGCCAUGUUUUCUCUAAAGCUGUGUUUAACAAUGCGAUUGGUUUCUUAAGCCGGUUGCACACUGUAUGAUUUUUAGGGUCCUUUACGAUUGUUGCUUGUCAGACUGUACGAUAUGAUCUCCCAGUGAGAUCUUGGGUAAAAGCCAUGGCACACUGAGCGACAUUAUGUCAGACUAUAAGAUACACAGCCGUUUCGGUCGGCACCGCUGACUGGGAGUUUUGUCAUCUGGCCAUCGAAGGAAAAGUCACAUUGUGACACUGCCAGAACUUUGUCGGAGGCUCAGAUUUAUUGCUAAGGCCAUUAAUCGACCGUUGGUGAACGUGUCAUGCUAAGCGAGUAAAGACUGCCAAUUUUGCUGUACAAUGAGAGAAUAUUUUUUACAAUCCCUAAAAUUUGUCUCAGUUGGCAAAAUCUUGGCCAAAAUUGUACAGCGUAAACCUUUAAAUACACUAAAAGUCAUUGUUAGAGACCAGUAUGUUAAAAAUUUGUUGUCAAAUAGUCACUUUUUUUAUCUUCAGAAAUUUGGGUUCAAAAUAGUGGUGUGAAUGAACCAAACUUGGUAAGGCCAUAAUCCUUCUCUCCCAACAUUGUGCCCUAGAAAAAGGCACAUCACGUUCUGUAAAUUGUUAUUGCAGUUGUAUUGUCUUUGUUCUUUUAAACGGUUGCCUUGAAUCUUCUCUCUCCAAAAUUAAAUUCUUCCAAACAUUCACUGUUGUGUAAAUACUAUAGAAUACACAUAUUUUUGGUUUUCUAUGUAAUUUAUUUAUCUCUGACAUGAAAAUAGAUAUAUUUCCUCGUGAGGGUCUGUCAAAUCCUUUUAACCCUUAUAACUUUUAUGGAUUUCAGUAGACAAUGUUCAGUGUAUGAAUGCAGUAUCAAACAAUACAAGAAUCACACCAAUCCAUUUAGCUUGCUCUAUUCUCUAUAUUAGUCAUCUCUUAUUUCUUACCUCUUAGCUAAAAGUUUUUUUUGCUUUUUCACAUGUUGCAUUAAUGAUUUAUAUUCUUAAUGUCCUACAUAGUCAGUACACUGCUUUCAUAUUAUUUUGAGUAUCAUGGAAUAUCACAUAUCAAGAAACCAAUAUUCAAUACAUGUAUAUUCAUGCAUGAGGUAAAAUUAAAGGGAUUAAAGGCAUACACUUUACUGGGUCAUACAAAUUUGUGUCAUAAUGAGUUUACCAUCUUGAAUAUUUAGCUAUGUGUACAUUGCACCUUUAUAUUUUUCAUUUUCUUUUAAAGUUAUUUGACACUAGCACUGCAAGAAUUAAAAGAGAGCUACACACUCACAAAA